AUGAAGAAUGACACAUGGGAUGAUGACUCUUGUACUGAUGAGUAUAAAUUUAUCUGCUAUGACGAAUACAACAAAUCCGGCAAAACAUUUUAUAUCAGUGACAAGACGAUGACCUGGACAGACGCUCAGAGAUUCUGCAGAGAACAUUACACUGACCUGAUCAGUGGAGUUAAACAGCUAAAGGACUUCAAGACACAGCGCCAGAAUGACCCAAACCAGAAUAAUGCAGAACAUUUCUGGAUCGGCCUGUUCAGAGACUGCUGGAGCUGGUCAGAUGGGAGCAGUUUCUCCUUCAGAUCCUGGGAUACAGAUUCAGUGAUCCUGAUCAAGAAGAGCAUGAUCUGGGAGGAUGCGUUAUACUACUGCAGAGAUCACCAUGGCGACCUUGUCUCCAUCACCAACCAGGACGAUCAGCGCUGGGUCCAGGAGAGAGCCAAGAUGGCCUCCACUCCCCACGUGUGGCUGGGACUGCGCUACACCUGCACUCUGGACUUCUGGUUCUGGGUCAGUGACGAGACGGUCUUCUACAAGAACUGGGGCCCCGGCCAGCCUGGGGACGACUGCAACAUGUCUGGAGCCAUGGACUACGGUGGCCGAGAAGGAUAA